GUCUCUAUAAUGUAACCUCUUAAACAUUUUUCCCUUUGUACAUGUUUUUAAUAUCGAUGGACAUCCAUUGAUUGUUCGAGAAAAAAAAAGUAAUUCACUAAAAAGUUUAUAUAUAUGGUUUUUUUCCUUUUGUUUUGUUUUUUUUGGCUGAGUUUAUAUAUAUGUGUGUAUAUAUAUGUAUACACUACAUAAUGUACGCAAUUUCCUGUCUGUUCCCUGUCUUUACUUUGAAAAGGGAAAGCCUCCAGUCUCUGUGGCUUCCCUGCUGCGGUAAGAAGAAACCAUUGGCGCCCAUCCCUUCCCUUCCCUGCCACCAAAUCUCUCUCCGAUCCCCAGAAAAUCCUCUCUCUCUAUCGUCGCACGUCCGCACCCCUAUAAAUGGCUCCCUCUGCGUCUACCGAUUCCGCUGCUGCUGCCGACAAUGGCGAAACUCACCCACCACCACAACCACAGGCACGCCCCCUGGAAGAAAUGGGCCGUCGUGGCCACCUGCGCCGGCCUCUUCGGGGCCGCUCUCAUCGCGGAUUUCUUCUGGGCGUCCUCUUCUGCCACCUCUGCCUACUUGUCGUUGGCCUCCAACUGGGCUCGUCAGAGAACAGGGAUCAUCGUCUUGCCCACCGUACCCUCUCAAGCGGAUGAGAAGAAAGUAGAGGAGGCGAAGCCAAAGGAGGAUCGGGAACGAGAACGGUUUUUAUCUGCAACUUUCGCUGAUAUACCCGCACCAGAAUGGAAAUGGGAGGAGAUGCCAGCGGCUCCUGUGCCUCGGCUCGAUGGAGCUGCAAUACAGAUUGAGAACCUGCUCUAUGUCUUUGCAGGAUAUGGUACCCUCGAUUGGGUGCAUUCGCAUGUGGAUGUGUACAACUUUACUAAUAACACAUGGGGAGGGAGGUUUGAUAUGCCGAAAGAGAUGGCACAUUCUCAUCUGGGAAUGGCAACUGAUGGGAGAUAUAUCUAUAUCGUCUCGGGACAAUAUGGGCCCCAGUGUAGAGGUCCUGUUGCCCAUACCUUCAUACUCGAUACUAAAACAAAGAAAUGGAGCAAGAUGCCACCUUUACCAGCCCCUAGGUAUGCUCCAGCGACUCAACUAUGGAGAGGGAGACUACAUGUAAUGGGGGGCAGCAAAGAGAAUCGCCACACACCAGGUGUGGAGCAUUGGAGUCUCGCAGUUAAGGAUGGGAAACCGCUGGAGAAGGAGUGGCGCACAGAAAUCCCGAUUCCUCGAGGGGGACCUCAUAGGGCUUGUGUUGUGGUUGAUGACCGACUCUUUGUUAUUGGGGGUCAAGAGGGUGAUUUUAUGGCAAAACCAGGGUCCCCUAUAUUCAAGUGCUCACGAAGGAAUGAGGUCGUCUAUGGUGAUGUUUAUAUGCUGGACAAGGAGAUGAAGUGGAAGGUCUUACCUCCAAUGCCAAAGCCGAACUCCCAUAUAGAGUUCUCUUGGGUCAUUGUGAACAACUCCAUCAUCAUCACUGGAGGUACAACCGAGAAGCACCCAGUGACCAAGAGGAUGAUCCUUGUGGGGGAGGUUUUCCAGUUUAAGCUUGACUCAAUGGAAUGGUCCGUGAUCGGAAAGCUUCCAUACCGCAUUAAAACAACAAUUGCUGGGUUUUGGGAUGGAUGGCUGUAUUUUACAUCGGGGCAGCGGGAUAGGGGCCCUGAUAAUCCUCAGCCAAGGAAAGUUGUAGGAGACAUGUGGAGAACCAAAUUGAGUUUAUAAUGUCGAAGAUAAGGGAACGGCUAUGCCUCGUCAUAUCAACGCCGAAGUUUCUUCUGAUUUCGGGCAUUUGAUUUUUCUAGGUCCUAUGUAUUCUUUCUCGGAUUGCUUUUUCCUUCUGUACAUAGAGAAUCAUGCAUCCUUAGAUUAAAUUUGUUACUGCAAGGUUUUAUUUAUUUAUUUAUUUUUCCCCCCCUCGAACGAUAGCAAGAAUCCUUUGUAUAUCAACAGCAAAAACGGAUAGGUUCUUGUUUGCCUAUCAAAGAAGAGGAACAAUACAAACUACAAUUUUGCUGAUUAUUC